GAAACGACCGCGUUUAGUACCGACCACGAUUCCGUCACGACCGCACGUCGACUCGUGCAAGCAAUGCCGCGUCCCAGACGCGAUAUGGAUCGUAAGAAAAUGUUCCACGAAAAACUAGAUUUGGACCUCAUACGAUUAGUGAAAGCCAAUGAGGUGUUGUAUGACUUCAAUCAUCCGAAAUAUAUGGAUUUCAACGCGAGGGAAGUGGCGUGGCAGAUGAUCGGGGACGAGUUGAAACGACCGGCUGCUGAUUGCAAAUUACGUUGGAUAAACAUCCGCGAUGUAAACAGGAGGAUAUUGAGAAAGAAAUUAAUCACACCGCAAAACCGGGGUCGUUUAUACAAAUACGAGAAUGAGCUGACAUUCAUGAGGCCCUUCUACAGAGACGUCAACAUACAAAGCUGCGAGUUCGAAUCCGACGACAAAAGUGAACAAAACUGGAACGAUGACAAUGAUAAUGGUAUAGAUGAUACAGCCAUGAUGGAUGAAAAUAAUGACAGCGAUGAGAUGGAAAAACCUGUCAAAAAGGAAGUGAGAACUAAAAAGAAAUGUUCUAAAAGAAAGAAAAAACGAACUUAUGAAGAGGAAGAUGAUGAUGAUGAAGAAGAUGAAUUGCCGAUCGCAGCGAGUAUAAACGAAACAACUGCUACUACAACUGAAGGUUUUGACCCUGCUGAUCCUGUAGACGCGUUUUUAAUCAGCAUCGGAGCGACUCUGAAGACGUUUACACCAUAUCACCUGAAUUUGGCUAAAAGUAAAAUAUUUGCAGUAGUGCAGGAACAUGAUUUACAACAAAUUGUACAGAAAACGAAUGACGUUAGUGUGAAACAGCCGGAGACAUUAUAUCUUUCGUAAAAUAUAAAUUGUUUUUGUAUUUAAUCUUAACUGCGCUACGUUAAGUAUUAAUAACUGGCAUUUUAGACUAGGGAAUGGCUAUUUUAAAAUACCGGGAUCUCAUACACGCUAUCCGUAUAAUACAACUAAAGGAAGACCAUUGGUAC